AUGGGCAUACUCUGCGACAAAUUCGAUAUCACCGACGUCAUCCUUCUCUCGAGUCUCAUAUCCGCAGUCUCUGUACUCUUAUUCUGGGGCUUGUGUCCAAUUCACGGUGCCGUGCUUCUGGCUCUGUUCUCAAUUACCUACGGAUUCUUCGCUGGUGGGUUCAGCUCUACCUGGUCUGGCGUGCUGAAUGAAGUGAAGAGGGCGAAUCCAGGGCUGGAAACCGGGUUGGUCUUGAAUUUGUUUGCUGGGGACGUGGUAUUGGGAAUGUUAUUAGUGGACCGGUGGGUGACGGAGGGGGCUAUUCGACGAAUUAUGGAGCAUUGA